AUGGGUGCUCCUCCACAACCCCUCCUCAUGUCCCUUGAUUUGAAGGGCAUGGUCCUAGAAACCAAGGACAGCUGCAAGCCAAGUGGGUCUUUGUGGAGGAAGGUUUUGGAGCCUAAAGUCAAGAGAAGAUUGCAAAGGAGGAGACAAAGAAUUUUGAUGAAGAGAAGGGCCCAUCUCCCAGAUUCUAGAAGGCCCACAAGUGGGAUCCAGAGAAGGGUGAGAACCCUAAAGAAGCUGGUUCCAAACGGUGACUCUAUGGGCCUUGAUGGGCUGUUCAGGGAGACAGCAGAUUACAUUUUGUCUUUACAAAUGAGAGUGGAAGUGAUGCAGAUUAUGGUUAAGGUAUUGUCAGAUUCUGAUAAGUGA